AUGAACCAGUCACCUCUCCUUGGAGAUGAUGAUAAAAAGUGUACAAUUAGGCGCAUAGCAUACAUAUCUGUAAUCACAACACUUUGCGUUGCUGCAUUUAUUGUAAUUUUAGUUGGUAUUCUUUUACCAUCAAAAGAAAUGCGUUUCAUUAUGAUUAAUGAUAUCCAUGUUGAUCCAAAGUACAAGAACGAUUCUAUUGCUGACUAUAAUACAUAUUGCAGAGCUUCAAAUGGUUCAAAAAUUCCAAGACCUUUCGGACAAUACAUUUGCGAUACUCCUAAUGUUACAUUCGAAUCACUUUGCAACUUUUUACCAAAAGUUGAGAAGAAUCCUGCUUUCAUUGUCUUCGGAGGUGAUUCAUUAGGUCAUUCUCUUGGCCCUUCAAGAGAACAGAUUUCUGGUGCAAUCCAAUACCUGCUAAACAAGAUGACUGCAAGCUAUCCAAACAUUCCAGUCUUAUUCACAAUAGGAAAUAACGAUCUUAUUCCAAACUACGGUAACUUCACAAAUGAUCCAGAUGAUUUCGCAUCACUUGCUGAGAUAUUUAAGAAAUACAUGAAUACUGAGCAAUAUGAUACCUUUAAGAAGGGAGGAUUUUAUUAUCACGAUAUUCCAUCUCAAAAACUUCGUAUUUUACUUCUUAACAACAUCAUUUAUCACUGGCGUCAUGGAGCUUAUGACCCACAGAACCCAGAUCCUUACAAUCAGUUCGCUUGGAUCAAAAAUGUAACUCAAGAUGCAGUAAAUAAGAAGAUGAAGGUCGGAAUUGUCAUGCAUACACCAACAGGUGUUGCCCAUGAUGAUUACCAGCCAAACUAUCAUACAGAAUACAUCAAAACCUUCUAUGAUACGAUAAAAACAUUUAAUUACGAAUUUAUCCUCGUUUCUCAUACUCAUAAGGACCAAUUCAUCCCAAUAUGGAAGGCUGAGACCGAAUUAUACAGUCUUUGCGCUCCUGCUGUUACUCCUGCCCAUCUUAAUAAUCCUGGCUUCCGUAUUUACACUUUAAAGGGCGGAUCAAUGUUCAACUAUCACCAGUACUUCGCAGACAUCUCAACCAAUCCACAGAAUGACUUGGAUUGGAGAUUGGAGUACGAUUUCAAUUCAUUAUAUGGAGUAACAGGAGUUUCCGUGGAAAAUAUUCGCGCAGUUGUUAAGAAAUUGACAAAUGAUGUCGUAGAAUUUUGGAAAUAUAGAGAAACUCUGUUUGCUAAGGCUAGUCUCGACAUUUCGUUCUACAAGUGCAUCCUUACCGCUGUUACAGCAGAAGAAGCACAUGAAUGCAGAGAUGGUCGCAAUUCUAUUCGUACAACCAUCAACCCUAAUUGGUAUGAUGAAUAA